AUGGCGCAGAACAGGUACCCGGCCUACACCACCUACGAAGCCGGCCCAGCCUACUUCAAUGGGCCCAUCAAUGCUCCACCUCGCGUCUUUGACGCCCGCCCCGGCCCGCCGCCCGCCGCCGCCAAGCAGAUGGAGCCCGGCAUGCAGGCAAUCCUGAACGGCGACCAUGGCGCCCGCCAUCCCAUGCCGCGCCCCUUCGACACCUCCUACACCUACCCCGGCUACGAAGGCUCGUUCCAUGGCACCUCCAUUGACCAAGGCCUCCACGCCCUGCUAAGCGGCCACAGGCCUUACGCCUCCCCGCGCGACAGCGUGGCCUACUCCAAUCCCAUCGCCAACUUCUACCAUGAUGCCGACGGCCCGUGGAAUAGCGUCCGCGCCACCAACCAGGCCCGGUCCUCGGCCGCCAGCGCCAACGUCGCCCUGGCCGUGCCCGGGCCCAACCUGGACUACAACAGCUACCGGCAUGCGCCAGCAUCCGAGAUAUCAGAUUCGGGGUACGCCUCUCAAGCCGCUGCCUCUCAGUCCGUCGUCAACGCAAACACAGAGCCGACCGACUACAGCAGAGAGUGUGGCGAUUUGCCCGUGCAAGUAAACAGCUUCUCAUUCACAGCCGCUGCCCACAGCCCCCCCUCGUAUGAUACCACGUCUUUCCAGACCCGCAACGCCGACUGCGCAGACCUGAGCUCGGCCUCCCAGCCGACCGCUUCCCAGAAACAGCUGCAGUGUCCCCGUUGUGGAAAUGUCGCAAAGUGUCGGUCCGACUUCAAGAAACAUGAACUCAAGCACACGAAACCCCACGUCUGCAACGAGCCGAAUUGUCCCCGCAAAGAGGGUUUUGCCACGUCCAAUGAUCUCGACAGGCACAAGAAGAGCGUCCACAAUGCGGCCGGCAAGACCAAAUCCUUUCGAUGCGCUGCCGAUCGAUGUAAGAACAAGGACAAGAUUUGGCCGCGGCUGGAUAAUUUCAAACAACAUGUAGAAAGAAUGCACCAUGGUUCAGCGGCAGAUAUGGCUGAUAUAAUUCAACGUUCUCAAUUCUUUGGAGAUACCGACACUUCUGAUCCGGGCCCUUCAGGCACUAGAUCCGCGUCACCAAUGGAUAACGCUCUGGCCGGGAUAGGCUCGAAGUCCAAAGACUCCCCAGCUCCAGUGGUGAGCCAGGGUCUGGGCGACGAUAGCUCCAAUGCUCUUGUCUCGGAUUUGAACCUCUCAUCUUCCCAUGAAUAUUCAAGGCCGCGCCAGUGGGAAGAAGCAAAUUUCCGUCAAUAUCAAGAUGACUACCCUCAGCCUCUUCGGAUGUCGGGAGACCAGCAGCUUGCACAGAACUCACAGUCGGAUGCGUCCAGGUUGAGGCAACUAGCUGUGGCUGCAACAGCCGCCUCCCAAGCCGCUAACCAGCUAGACUCCAAGGACGAUUCACAGGCCACAGGGUCCAAAGCUCAGUCGUCUAAACGUACAUCCGCCAUUGAAGAUGGACAGAAACGGCUGUACAGCAAAUUCUCUAACAUCAUUGCGUCGAGCAUCGCCAAUGGCAAUGCCAACGAAUCGUUGAACAAGGCUGUGCUAAGAGCGCUGCUGGAAUUGGAUCAGAACAAGCACAUUAUUACCACCACCAGCAACCGGAAAGGCUCGGCAGCGAAAGAAGCCAAAACUUCGAGAGGUGCCGACAAAUCGCCCCCAGGCUUCCGGGAACCAGGUAGAACAGAGAUUACCAUGUCCACAGCCGAAGUCAAGACAGCUCUGGCAGCACUCUCUAAGAGCUUCGCACAGAGACGGGAUGUUGCUCCAAUUGGCAAAACGGGCAAGCCGCAGGGCGUCAAAUGCACCGAGUGCCCAAGAGUGUGUGCGCGUAGAUGCGACCUGAGAAAACACCUGAAACGCCAUAGUAAACCCUACGGGUGCACCUUCUCCAAGUGCUACAAAGAGUUCGGCAGUAAAAACGACUGGAGGCGACACGAAGAUGGCCAACACUGGCAACUCGAGACGUGGCGGUGCGAACAGCCGCCAUGUGAUGAAAGAAGCACGUGCUCCUCUCCUCCGUCACUGAUUGAUGACGACUCCUCUGUCUCUUCGAACGUCCAGGCAAAAGUUUGCGGCCACCUCUUCUACGACAGCAACGCUUUCUCCAUCCAUCUCCGCUCUCAGCACUCCUUCCCAAAGGACCAGAUCUCUACAGAGCUCUGCAUCCGGCGCAUCGGUCGCAACAACCAAUCGCGCUUCUGGUGCGGCUUCUGCGAGCGUGUACUCGAGCUCAAUGAGCGUGGCCAAGCGGCCUGGAGCGAGCGCUACAACCACAUCAGCCACCACUUUGACAAGGAAGACAAGCACAUCCGCGAUUGGCUGGACAUCGACACCAACAAACGCAAGGGUAGCCUCGAGAGAGCGACGGACCGGCACAACGUCGUGGAUGGGAAAGGUGAUGGGCAGGACAACAAAGAAGGCGAAUUCGGGAGGCCGGGCUUAUUGAGGAAGGCGGCGGAGAUUUCGGACGCAGACGUCCUGAUUCUGGCAGUACCGAAGGACAAAGGUGGCGAUGGGAGUGAUGGUGGCUCGACAGCUGUCGCCGGGAGAAAAAGAUCGCACAAGGAGAUGGAGAGUAACGGUGGCGACGAUGAUGGCCAUGCUCGUGCUCACACUGAUGAGAGGGCGUCUCGACCGCGGGGCAAGAGCAAGCAGGGGCAGCUUCUGUUCUUCUGCUGUGGCUGCAACCAAGGACCCUAUGCCUGGUCUCUCUACCAGAGCUGCCUCGACUGCGAACACGAGUUCUGCACGAGCUGCGACCGUCGCAUACACGAGAGCUCGGCCGAAGAGAACAUCGAUUACAAUCCUUGGAAUCACCUUAAUGUGAAUCCUCGGGUUUGA